AUGAUGAGCCUGAGCCUGGUGACCACAUUUAUCCUGGUUGGCCUUCCCCAUGCCCCAGCCCUGGACACCCCUUUCUUUGGGACCUUUCUGGCCAUUUACGUGCUCACUGUGCUGGUGAUGGUGGGGGAUCCCUGGCUCUGCACCCCCAUGUACUAUUUCCUGACAAACCUGUCCUUCAUCAAUCUAUGGUUCUCCACCAUCACUGUGCCCAAGAUCAUGACCUUGGUCUCCCUGGGUGGCGGGGCCAUCUCCUUCUCGGGCUGUGUGGCCCAGCUCUAUGCCUUCCACUUCUUGGGCAGCACCAAGUGCUUUCUCUUCACAGUCAUGGCCUGUGACCACUACCUGGCCAUCAGCUCCCCAUUCCUGCUGAUGGCCAGCACGUGGUUCAGCAGUACCCUGCACUCUGCUGUCCAGACAGCUCUGACCUUCCAGCUGCCCUACUCUGGCCGCCAUGUCCAACAUUACUUCCAUGAUGUGCUGCCUCUCCUCAGGCUGGCCUGCACCAACACCUCAGCCAAUGAGAUGGUCAUCUUGAUCAACAUUGGGGUGGUGGCCACGGGCUGCUUCCUCCUCAUUGCACUGACCUACAUGUCCAUCGUGCACUCCAUCCUGAAGAUGCACAUGGCUGCUGCCCAGUGCAGGGCCAUGGAGAUCUGCGCCUCGCAUUGCAUCUGCUUCUUUGGACCUUGCAUCUUCAUCUGACUAUGGCCAGGCUUGCAGGAUGCUGUGGACCAGGUGGUGGCCAUCUUCUACACAGUGCUCAUGCCCCUGCUCAACCCCAGCACCUACACCCUGUGGAACAAGGAAGUGAAGCCAGCCGUGCUCAGUCUAAGAGACAAAUUGACAAAGGAAGAAGUCUUUGUUUCAAACAUACAAAGCUGA